GACGACGACAUCCAUAAAUUCUUGGUUGAAAGACUGCCAGGCGCAUCUCUCUCCGUCUCACCGUCCGUGGCUACACAACCCACCACUACCACUACCACCACCGUCAAUAUGAGCAUCUGGGACACGCUCACGGGCCGCAAGUCGACGCCCCCACCAGCCUCGCAGUCCCCGCAGGCGACCGAGUUCGCGCCGCAAGAUAGCUUCACCGCGCAGCCCUUCGACCCCAGCACCGCCAUCCAGACACCCGCCGAGUUCAUCUACGACCCGCAACAACUGCACCCGCUCGCCGGCCUCAACCAAGACACGCUCGACUACCUGUCCCUCGAAGACGCCGGCCCGGGCCUACCAGGCGCCCAGUCCGCCCUCCCCUCCCGCGGCUGGUCAGACGACCUGUGCUACGGCACCGGCGUGUCGUACCUCUCCGCCCUGACCAUCGGCGGCGCAUGGGGCCUCGCAGAGGGCCUGCAGAAGAACCCGCCCACCAUGGCCCCGCGGCUGCGCAUCAACGGCGUCCUGAAUGCCGUGACGCGGCGGGGCCCGUUUCUGGGCAACAGCGCGGGUGUCGUGGCUAUGGUGUAUAAUGGCGUCAACAGCACGAUUGGGUUCUACCGCGGGAAGCACGAUAUGACGAAUAGCGUGCUGGCGGGCGCUAUUGCGGGUGCUAUCUUCAAGAGCACGAGGGGGACUCGCCAGAUGGCUAUUAGCUCGGGGGUGUGUGCGGGUGUUGCGGGAGGGUGGGCGAUUACACGGAAGGUCUUCUUCGAGCCUGAUUCAGCGUUGUAAUCCCAUAUCAUAUUACUUAUGCGAAAAAACUCCACCAAACCUAACAACGACGACGAUGACGACGACGACGACCCACGCGAGACAUCUUGCAUCGACGAAACGCGUUCCUUUCUCACCACUCUCCACCACGGAUAGGGGGACUACCUACACCCCCCUAUUCCAUUGUACAAUAUUUGGCUUUCCCCCCAGGACAGAAGAAGGAGAUGGAGGGGGAAGCCUACACACCAUGACGAAAGAAAGAAAGCUUAGAGCGGGGGGCGUUAUGGACCAUGGACUCCAGUGAGCGUUUGGCGCUGGUUGCAUGUGUAUAUGCGGAUGUUUGAAUGCAUGUGUAUAUGUGUGUAUUGUGUAGAUAAAGUGUGUAACUGUAACUAACCAACCUACGUACGGAUGUGGAAGCGAUGGAGCGAUAAUGAAAUCAAUAACUUUCAUGCAUUA